UUGUUUUUGAGCUUUCUUCUCCUCUCUCUCGGUCUUUAACUUAACAAUAAGAAAAAACUCUGUAAUCAAGAACCAAAGUAAGAAAGCCCUAAAGCAUAUAACAAGAGUAAGAAGCCAGUUGUUGGGAAUGGAACAAGAAGCAGAGAGAAGCACCAACGUUGUUGCGUCGACCUCUGAAGGGUCGGAUCUAUCUCCGAUUGCACGAGUGAAGAAGCUCUUGUUCCGUCAGAUGCUAGUAGGAACCAAAGACGGGAGAUUCUUCCUUGGCAAUUUCCAUUGUAUUGACAAGCAAGGAAACAUUAUUCUCCAAGACACUGUUGAGUACCGAAGCAUAAGAAGAUCGUCUCCUUCACCUACUGAACAGCGUUGUCUCGGUAUGAUCUUAAUCCCUUCCUCUUGCAGGACGUCUUGCCAUGUCGAUUGUUCUAUCGAGGAACAGCUUUCAUUGAUUCAGCUGAAAUAGUAGAGCUUCUGUUGAGACUUUAUGAGAGAAUCUUUCCAAAUUUCUCAUCAAUGUUGUAACCAAUAAUAGUCUUCUUCUCAUCUUGGAUGUAGUCUCUUCAUUAUGCCCAAAGUCAAAAACUAUAUUCCAUGUCCGUGUAUGAUCAAUGAUUCACAUGUUAUUGUGAAGUUAUAUGUAUACAUACAUGCAUUGGAAACUCUUUUGGAAAUUUUUUGUAUUUACAUUUAGAAGACAGAAAGUCUGAAACUU